AUGAAGUUCUCCGUCGCUAUCCUCCUUCCCGUCGUUGGGGUUCUCGCUGCGCCAACGCCUCCUGGUAUUCCAAGCGCCUCUAGUGCUCGAUCCCUCUUGAGCGGUCUUACUGUUUCCGCCCCUACCAACACCGACACUUACGACAGAGAUCUUUUCCCCCACUGGCAGACCUAUGAGGGAACCUGCAACACCCGAGAAUUCGUCUUGAAGAGAGAUGGAACCAACGUUGUGACCAACGAUGCCUGUGCUUCCACCUCUGGCACAUGGAAGUCGCCGUACGACGGCGCUACCUGGACACAGGCCAGUGAUAUCGACAUUGACCAUAUGGUUCCUCUGAAGAAUGCUUGGAUUUCUGGCGCUGCCUCAUGGACUACUGCCAAGCGAACCCAAUUCGCCAACGAUGUGACAAGACCUCAACUGUGGGCAGUCACCGAUGAUGUUAACCAGUCCAAGAGCGACAAGUCCCCCGAUGCCUGGAAGCCUCCUCUGACAAGCUUCUACUGCACCUACGCCAAGAGCUGGGUCCAGGUUAAGAGCUACUGGAAGUUGACCAUCACGAGUGCUGAGAAGACUGCUCUUGGCUCUAUGCUUGACUACUGCUAG